UGGCGUGGUGCCUCCGCCCCCCUUUCUUGUUGCACGGCAACAACAAACACUUGCUCCUGCGGACCAGAUCCCCGGAGGAGUGGGUGCUGGGCGGAGCCAGAGCAGUUCUUGAAGUUCAAGGAGGCGGGGGAGACCUGAGCUCACGCUUGCUGAGACAGAAGUCACAGCAGGAUUAUGCCCCUCAGGGCAAGAGGAAGAGUUCAGAAACUGCCGCUGUAACCCAAGAACAAAGUUGCAUGCAGAGCCAACCUAAGAGCUUCAAAAUCGGGAUUCCUUACUGAGAAAGAUGUAUAACAUAAACCAGUCAACAGAUACCAAGGAAGCAGCAGCCAUCAAGGCUAGAAGAAAUCGAGAAAAAGAGCAACAAAACCGAUUCUUCAAUGUGCGGAACCGAGUCAUGGGGGUAGAUGUCCAGGCCCUGAACAACCAGGUGGGAGACCGAAAGCAUCGGGAAGCAGCAGAAAGAAGCAAGGAGGCAGCUUAUGGUACCAGCCAGGUGCAGUAUGAUGUGGUAGUCCAGAUGUUAGAGAAGGAAGAGGCAGAUCGAACACGUCGGCUGGCCAAGAAAGUCCAGGAGUUUCGGGAGCAGAAGCAGCAGCGCAAGAACGGGCGUGAAUUUAGUCUUUGGGAUCCAAGCCAAGUCUGGAAGGGGCUUCCAACCUAUCUUAGUUACAGUAAUACCUAUCCUGGUCCAGCCAGCCUGCAGUACUUCUCUGGGGAAGACCUAGACAGGGACACACGGCUGAGAAUGCAGCAGGGGCAGUUCAGGUGCAACUUGGAAAGGCAGCAGCAGGAGCAACAGCAAGCCAAGGUUGAUGAGAAUUGUGCAGAUGCGCUCAGUAACCAGCUGCGCCUCGCCAUGGACGCGCAGGCCACCCAUCUGGCCAGGCUGGAGGAGUCCUGUCGCGUGGCCAUGAUGUGUGCCAUGGCCAACGCCAACAAAGCGCAGGCAGCUGCGCAGGCUGGGCAUCAGCGCUGUGAGCGUCAGUGUGAACAGAAGGCCAACCUUGCAGAGAUCCAGCAUCAGAGCACGAGUGACCUACUGACUGAAAACCCCCAGGUCGCCCAACACCGUAUGGCUCCCUACUGGGUCCUGCCCUAUUGCUGGAAGGGCAUGACUCCACAGCAGCAAGCCAUCAGGAAAGAGCAGGAAGUACAAUGCUCUAAGAAGCAAGCACACCGUCAGGCUGAGAAAACAUUGGAUACUGAAUGGAAAAGCCAGACCAUGAGCUCAGCCCAGGCAGUGCUGGAGCUAGAAGAGCAGGAGAGGGAAUUGUGUGCUAUAUUUCGAAGGGGUCUAGGCUCCUUCAACCAGCAGCUGGCUAAUGAGCAAAAAGCCCAGCAGGAUUACCUGAAUUCAGUAAUCUACACCAAUCAACCUACAGCCCAGUAUCACUGGCAGUUUAACACCAGCAGCCACUAAGUUCAGGAUGUUUAUCUCUCCCUUCUCCUCCAUCAAGCUCACAGGUGGUUAGGAGUCAAAGAGAAAAAUGCUGCAUACUCCCACCUUCUAACCUAGGUAAUAAAGUUCUGCACUCAAAA